AUGUUGGUAACUUCCAAUGGAAGCUUUCAAGUCUUAAUAACUGCUGGAACAACCAGUUUUCAACAGUUUCAAGAGGAUAUCCUGGCCAAAUGUAACAAGAGAUUUGAAGACUCAGGAGGAUUAAUCCGUAAUUCAAUGGCGACCCACUCUCCAGUCUUCGAAAGUGGCCAAGACACCAACUUGGCUACCUUGGAGAUUGUAAUGCAAAAUCCAACAACUGCAGUGAAGAAAGCCACAAAGGCCAUGUAUGUUAAAAGCCAUUUGCUGACCCAGGAGGCUGCUCAAAAGGCCGGUCACCCCAACAAACAGGUCAAAGCAGCAACAAUCCAACUAGCGAGUUCAACCCCAUCAAUGUCUCGAUGA